CCGCUCACUAAGUUCCAUUACACAGACAGUUACAGAAAAGCCGAAGAGAGCAGGAGCCACCGGAGUGCUCCUUUUAGGCCUCUUUCAGAAGCGGACGGUUUCUGUCAAAAAGUUCUAUAUCGUGUCGCAACGAGACGUCGUGUUGGUGAGUUCGAUCGCGAGCAUCGUUCGUACGACAGAAACGAGCCACGUGAGGAAAAAGCCGAGGCCUCUUGCGUGCCUGUCCACCGUACUGCGGGCGGAUUUUUGGAAAUUCUACUCACCACGCUGCGUGACAAGCAACGACUUGGAUCCUUUUUUCUCGCAUACACAAAUUCGAGACAACGAGGCAAAAUGAAACUCCUCGUCAUUUUGGCAACAGCGCUCUGCGUGGUUUCGGUCAGCUCGAGCCCACUCUCCGAAGGAGAUCGCCUUCAAUCCGAGGAACUGAAUCGGCUGAUGAUGAACGAAGCCGACGACGAGGCCGCACAAAGGAACAAACGGACGAUCGGUAUCCUGCGAGAACUAUUCCCCGACGUUUCUCAGAAUGUGAACCGAGAGGUGGAGGACAAGGUGAACGAAGUGGCAGCCGAGUCGCAGAACAACGAGGUCAAAGUGCAGUUCGCGGACGAGCAGGGCAACGAGAGCGCGGCGCCGCCGUUGACGCCCCUCGAGGAAGUGGAGGCCGAGGACGACGAGAAUAGAAACAAGAGGUUCCUCUCCGGCCUCGGCGGCUCCAGCAGCUCCGGCAACUUCGUCUUCGACAUAAUCAGGCAAGCGGCCGACGGGGCGGCAAGAGCGGCGGGCACGGUGUACCGUGUGGUGGCAGGUACGCAGAGCCUAGGGCUCGGUUUAAGCGCCUCUCGGGACUUGGGCCCGGUUCCCCAAGGUGCCGCCCCUGCUGCCGCUCCAGCUGGUUCCUCGACCACGGCGGGAUCCUCGACCAGCGCAGGAGCCGGCAACCUACCACCGCUGGUGGCCGGAAGCGGUGGCGAUGCCUCGGCCGGGAAGAGCGAGGAACCUCAGGAAGCGAUUCCAGGACCGGUCACCAGGCUCUUCGUCAUAAUGAACAGAGGGAUCUCGAAUCUCGUGCAGGAUCUCAUUCUUCGCCUGGCAGCCACGAGCGAACGGAUUGUCAACUUCAAGGCGAGACUGAUCACGUCCAUCAUCUAGAGCUGGCUGAAAUGCGACAGCGAUAAGAUGUCCAAGUGUGAGAGCGAAGAUCCGAUCCUGGAACGCUCGGCAGCCACGUGAGAGCCGUGAUUAUCGAGCAGGAACACGGGUACGACGUUGGCAACGUGAUCACCGUUGCCCCCUUGUCCCCGAGAUCCAAAACGCCUCGUCGAUGCUACCAAAUUGUCCUCGUUAAGCUAAAUAACGUAACCUCGCGACUUUCAGUUCAUACGUCGAACUGCCUCUGUCCUUCCCCUUUGUUCUGCUUCGCUUCCUUUAGUCUUUCACUUUCUCGUCUUCUGUCUCGCAUUCUCCAACGUUCUCUUUUUCUCUUUAAUACUUUUUCCUCUUUACGAUAUACACCAUAGAUUCUCCUUGAUAGCGGUUAGCGAGUUACCGAGAUUCAUUUUACUCGAACUUUCGUCCAAAAUUCGACACUUUUUUUUCUGCGCGACUUUCCUUGAAAUCUCAAGUAUUUUAUACUUGUUGCGAAUAUUAUAUUAUUAUAUUUCGAUGUAAUUCCAUUAAAAAAAAAAAAAAAAAGAAAGCGACCUAAGAUCGAGUAAAAUCUGACGAAUAAAUGUAUAUAGUUGUUUCUGAAACGCAACUGUGCCAAGCAUUGAUUAUUUCUUCCCUCUCGCGUCCAUUUACGCGUAAAAAAAGUGUUCUCCCUGUUGAGCAGCCUGCGUUUCCUUGUCCGUUGGAUUACCAACCUACUGUAGCGACUACGAUGACCAUUUGAUAAAAGAAUUCCACAAACCUUGUAUAAUAUGAGCGUAGAAAUUGAAAUUUAUUCGACCAUUUUUAUGUCGCAUACGAAAUAAAAUACUAUUCUCAGAGCUCCGGAAUAGAUCGUCCAAUAUCCGUACAAGUGUAUGUCCAUCUUCGAAUUGGAUGUAUUGUUUCACUUAUUGUAAAUCGUCCCUUUAAUUAUUUUGUAGUGUAAAUAAAUAAAUAUUAUUAUCGUAA